AUGACUGACAAGUCCCUGACCGAUGAGCCUUCGGCUGGUGUGUCUAUGGCCGGCCACUUCAUGGCUGACCAUCCUAAAGCGGGGGAGUCAAUGAGCACCGAGCCCACGACUGGUGAGCCUGCAGCUGGUGAGCUUCCUGUGUCAGAGCCUCAAGGUGGAUUUUCCCCAGAUGAAGAGCCAGUGAGCAGAGAUCCCUCAGACAGUGAGGCCACAACCAGUGAGGCUCGGAGACUGAGCCCACAACCAUCGACUCCAUGUCCCACAACCUCUCAGAUGCAGAGGAGAUACUCGCCCCACCAUCAUAACGGUGAGGAGGACUCGGAUGAUGAUGACACGGACGAAGAAGCUCACUGGCCGAGUGCCAGGCCGCCAACACCAUGGCCCACAUUUGCACAAAUGCAGAAAAAGUUUUCUGCACACCACAAGAGCGAGGACACGGACGAUGAGUCCACAGCCGAGGAGGCUUGGCGGUCGAGUCCCCGACCGCCUACGCCAUGGCCAACACUGGCAAAACUCCAGAGAAGACACUCUGGGAAACAAAGGAGUAGCGAGGAAACGGACGAAGAGUAUAUGGCCAGAAAGUCACAGCGGCCCAGUGCUCGGGCACCAACGCCAUGGCCGACAAAGGCCCAAAUGCAGAGAAAAACACCUACACAGACAGUGAACAAUGAGGCCACGGACGACGAGGUAACGCCAGAUGAGGCAACGCAUGCGAGUCCACCGUCGCCAAAGCCGUGGCCGACGAUGGCUCAGCUGCAGAUGCAAAGACGAUUUAAAAAAUAG